ACACGCACUGUAUUAUUUUCAGUUAACGAAACCGUCGGAACCCUUGCAAAAGCUCUCAAAAUAUUCGAGAUCGAGAAUAUCAAUCUUACGCACAUUGAAUCCCGGCCAUCCAAAAAGCAAGCAGGAUACUACGAUUUUUAUGUGGAUUGCGAGUGCAGUAAUACUGAAACCUUACAACGUGUUACGUCCAGACUGCAAGAUUAUGCAGUAAAUGUGGGCGUUCUGUCAACUCAGCCUCUAAAAGAUGAUAUUGUGCCAUGGUUUCCGAGAAAAAUAUCUGACCUUGAUAAGUUUGCAAAUCGUAUACUAUCCUACGGUGCGGAAUUAAAUGCAGAUCAUCCGGGAUUUAAGGAUGCGAUUUAUCGUGCACGACGAAAGGAAUUCGCUGAUAUUGCUUUCAAUUAUAAACAUGGUCAACCAAUCCCUCGAAUCAAAUAUACUGAAGAGGAGAUAAAAACUUGGAAUACCAUUUUUAGUAAGCUAACUACCCUUUAUCCCACCCAUGCUUGUGCUGAGCAUUGCCAUGUUUUCCCCUUGCUAAUGGAUAAUUGUGGUUAUCGGGAAGAUAAUAUUCCGCAGCUGGAAGACAUAUCUAAAUUUCUUAAAGAUUGUACCGGAUUUCAAGUUAGACCAGUCGCUGGUCUCCUUUCUGCACGGGAUUUCCUUGCCGGAUUAGCGUUUCGGGUUUUCCAUUGUACUCAGUAUAUUAGACAUCCAACAAUGCCGUUAUAUACGCCGGAGCCAGAUCUGUGUCAUGAAGUCUUAGGCCAUGUCCCCCUAUUUGCAGAUGGGAACUUCGCUCAAUUUUCACAAGAGAUAGGCCUUGCUUCUCUCGGUGCACCGGAUGAGUUUAUAGACAAGCUCUCUACGCUCUACUGGUUCACUGUUGAAUUUGGACUCUGCCGUCAAAAUGGAGAAAUUAAAGCGUAUGGUGCUGGUCUCCUAUCAUCGUUUGGUGAACUGGAAUACUGCCUCAGUGAGAAACCGAAAAUCCUACCGUUCGAUCCAGACAAGGUAUGUUCAACAACAUACCCGAUAACAUGCUAUCAACCGACAUAUUUUCUGGCCGAGAGCUUUGAAGACGCCAAAAAGAAGUUAAUUGCCUUUGCCAGGAAGAUACCAAGAAUCUUCAAUGUGCGUUAUGAUCCUUAUACCCAAUCGAUUGAAGUAAUCGAUAGCAAAGAACAAAUAUUGCACCUUAUUAAUGAUGUCCAAGAGGAAAUGGAUAUCUUAUUCACAUCAUUAAGACAACUAUCUGUAUCCAGUAAUUAA